AUGGCCCCAGAAAUCCCUGAGGAUCUCUACCAUCUGAUCAAGAAGGCGGUCUCUAUCCGAAAGCAUCUUGAACACUCUCGCAAGGACAUUGACAGCAAGUACAGACUGAUUCUUGUCGAGUCCCGAAUCCAUCGUCUGGCUCGUUAUUACAAGACUAGCCGUCAACUUCCAGCGACUUGGAAAUACGAGUCAGCCACCGCUGCCUCGCUUAUCUCAUAA